AUGUUAUCCCUCAUAGCUUGUGCCGUUGUAGCUGUAGCAUCAUCUCUAUGGUUCAUGAAACUUUUUCAAAUUGCUCUCCUAUCACCUUUAUCCCAAAUUCCCAAUGCACACUUCACGGCACCGUAUUCGAGAGUUUGGCUAUUUUGGCACCGAGAACAAAAAACCGAACAUAAAGCACGAGAUGCUGCACAUGAGAAAUACGGUCCUGUUAUUCGCAUUGCGCCGAGGGAAUUGAGUGUCAAUUGUCUUGAAGAUGGUGUUAAAACGGUAUAUGGAGGUGGGUUUGAAAAGGGAGAAUGGUAUUCGGUAUUUUUGAAUUAUGGCCACGAGGUUAUGUUCUCCAUGAGGGGGACACAGAUACAUACUGAACGCAAACGAAUGCUAUCUCAAGUUUAUUCGAAUUCUUUUAUCCAGUCAUCCGAAGCCUUGACCGAGAUCCUAAGGACUAUCAUCUACAACCGAUCUAUUCCUCGAAUGCGUGUUUGGGCCGAAGAGGGUACGCCAGUUGAUAUUUUCCAAGAAACUAAGGCCCUCUUCAUGGACAUAACAAGCGCAUACCUCUUCGGUCUGAAGAAUUCCUCCAACAUCACUGAAAACCCUGAUAUGAGAGAUAUUCUAACGAAUUUUGAGUUGAGCUUUAGUGAGCUCUUCUGGAGAGUCGAUGUUCCAAAUCUCACAAAGUGGAUGGCUCGCUUUGGGAUAAGUCCAAUAUCUGAUGAGAUAUCUCCCGCAUAUCAGGCAAUGGAGGAAUUUAUUCUCUCGAUGUCUAAUCGAGCUAGAGAUACCCUUCAGUCCGAAGAAGCCAACAAAACAACAUCUCAUCCAACAGUAUAUGCACAACUACGACAGAAACUUGAAGCUUCAAAAACCAUUCCUACAGAGCAAUUGGACACGGUCGUCGCUGCAGAAAUGUUAGAUCAUAUCGAAGCUUCACAUAAAGCAGCAUCUGUCAGCGUGAGCUAUCUCAUGUGCGAAGUCGCCCAACACCCCUCCAUUCUUUCACGUCUACAGAAAGAACUACUUUCGGUGAAUCUGGACUCAAUGUCUUCACAGCAAAUCGAUGCACUCCCAAUACUCGAUGCAUUACUCAUGGAAACAUUAAGACUCUAUACUCCCGGCUUGGGACCCUUUACUCGCGAAGUUCCCGAGAAAGGCGCUAUAAUAGGAGCUUAUUCGGUACCCGGCGGAACCACCAUCAGCGCAUCAGCAUAUGCAUUGCACCGAAACUCGAACAUUUUCCCGAAUCCUCUAGAGUGGAAUCCCAAUCGAUGGUUGGACGCGACAGCGGAGGCUAGGAAGGAAAUGAUGAGAUGGUAUUGGGUAUUUGGCAGUGGUGGACGAAUGUGCAUCGGAAACCAUUUUGCAAUUCGCAUUAUGAAAGCAGUUGUGGCAGCAAUCUUUAGAGAAUUUGAAAGUGUGGCGGUUCCAGAGACGAGAAUAGAGCUGGUGGAAGGACUCAUAGGAUAUCCUGCUGGCCAUAGUGUAAUGCUGGCAUUCAAACGGGCGGAUGCGGCUACCUCUUGA